AUGAUUGGGCUGGAGACAUUCCGUGUUAAGCCUCCGGUCCACCAGGGCGGCGCACUCGCGCUUUGCAAUAAGAGCGACCCUCUCUGCGGCUGCGCUGGAACUCGGCAGCAGCAAGUUCUUCACCAGGACCGUGACGACGCGCAACAUGUUGAAUGUAUUCGGUGUGUCCUCAGGGUGUCCUCCUGCUUCUGUCGGCCUCAAGCAAUGAGCAACAGCGCGCCGAGGAAACGACGGAACGUGGAGGGCCCGCUCGCGUCCGCUGCCAAACAACGCGGCGGCGCUAAGGCUCGCCGAGCGACCCGCGCCGAUAGACGGGCCGGGGCCGAUGUCGGCGGACCACGUAGCGGGAUAACAGGUCCCCGAGCGGCUCCCUCGCCCGUCGUUGCGGAGACCAUCGAUGUGAUGGACAACCCGGAGGAGGACAGCUCCGCCGAGGUGGUCGAUCUGACGUCGGAGACGUCGGAAGCGGGGCACGUCGUCGAUCUGACCAACGACACCGUCCUGCUGGUGGAAGAAGGUACGGCACGCGUAAACUCCCCGGGAGGUAGCUACGUGGUCAGCAGCGAUGAGGACGAGCCCUCCAAUGUGGGCGCUAAUGUCUUGUCCUCACUCCGGGCGCGGAGCACCACUAGAUUUACGCCGGGAAUCAUCAGCUGUCCCGUGUGUAUGGACUCUUACUCGGAGAUGGUGGACAGCGGCCGGCUGGUGGUGUCCACCAAGUGCGGACACGUCUUCUGCAGCCAGUGCCUACGAGACGCCCUUUCCCACUCGCACACGUGCCCGACGUGUCGAAAACGCCUGACGCCUCGACAGUACCACCCCCUCUACAUCUGA